AUGACAACCACAAUCAUAUCACUAACAACCACAGUCUCACGAACAACCACAGUCUCACUAACAACCACAAUCAUAUCACUAACAACCGCAGUCUCACUAACAACCACAAUCAUAUCACUAACAACCACAGUAUCACUAACAACCACAAUCAUAUCACUAACAACCACAUCAGUCUCACUAACAACCACAGUCUCACUAACAACCACAGUCUCACUAAUCACUAACAACCACAGUCUCAAUAACAACCAUAAUCGUACCACUAACAACUACAGUCUCACUAACAACUACAUCUUACUAACAAUCACAAUCAUAUCAUUAACAACUACAAUCUCACUAACAACUACAGUCUCACUAACAACCACAAUCAUAUCACUAACAACUACAGUCUUACUAACAACCACAGUCUCGAUAACAACCACAAUCAUACCACUAACAACCACACUCUCGCUAACAGCCACAAUCAUAUCAUUAACAAAGCUCAUUUUCCUCUGCGUCAUUGGGUCCGCUAGCGGCCUCACAACCUGCGGCAUCACUCUAACAACAUCUACACCUGCGGAUGCUACUGCAAAGGACUUAAUAAAACCUGGGAAACUGCGACCCACUGUUGCAUCAGUCUACCCAUAUCUACGGCUGCGGAUGCCGCCACCCCCGUGGACUUAA